UACUUUAUGUUCAUAUUCACUUAACGUAUUGCAAGAUAGAUUUAAUGAUCUUAAUAAGAAAUAUUAAUUAUAACUUUCAUUAAUUGCAAAGAACAAUAUAGUUCGAUGAUUUAGUUAAAUAAGGGAAACAUUUUUUAUUGUUACAAGUGCAAAGUUGUUAAUAAUUCUGCGUUAUUAAUAUAAUAUAAUUAUUAAUAUAACAAACAACGCGAAAAUAAACAAAAGGAGGUCAAGAAAAUGUCUAUAAAACAGUUAAUUUUCAAUGUACCAUUGAAGUUAAGAUUUCAAAAUAUUGGUGCAAAAUGUUACUUUUCAAAGGGAAGUACAAUUAUUGAAUCCGCUGAAGAGAAACCUAUCUUUAUAGAAGAGCAAGAUAAUGCUGACUUAGAAAGAAAGAGAAAUAAAUCAAGACUUACAGAAGCACACAGGAAUAUAUUGUUAGGGAAAAAACCUUACGAUACACCACAAGAUCGAUUUCAUGAGACAGUCAAAUACAAGAAACGAAUAUUAGGAAGAUAUGGAAUGGAAGCUUUAGGAGUACCUGCAGGAUUGGCUUGGCCUACUCCUGAAGAAGUAGAAGACAUGAAAGAGUAUGAAAGUCUUGCACAUCCAUUAAAUAUUCAAGAAAGAUUACAACAGAUUAAAGAAAAAAAGAAGAUCGAAGAAGAGGCAUUGUUAGCUAAGCAAGCACAAAUAGAAAAGAAAAUGGCCACUAUGAAGCAAUUAAUAGCUCAGGUACAAGAAAAAAUAGCUCAAAAGCAACAGGCAGAAUUAGAAGCUAAAGAGCGAAAGGAACGUAAGAUUGAAGAGAUUAGACAUAAAUUGAUAGCUCAAGGAACUAUGUCUGCAACAAAACUAUCAGAGGCAGUGAGUAUGGCAGAAAAAGAUGAGAAGAAGUUGAAGAAGGAACUGAAGAAAGCAAAGAUGUUGGAGAGAGAAAAGAAAUUAGCAGAAAAAUUGCUUAGAGAAUCUGAAAGUAAUAAAGCAGAGGAAGACGAAGAUGAAACAGAUUCUCAACAAAAAUAAUUAAAAAGCUACGAAACAGACGGUUUGAUGAAAACGUGUUGUAUUGUAAAAUAAUUUCUACAUAGUAAAAUGAACACUUUACAAACA